AUGGCCCGGCCUCCCCGCACCCUCCUCCUGCCUCCGGCCCCAGCACUGCGUUCCUGUGAAAGGUGUCGGCGCGCGAGCCUCGGUCCGGCCAAAUAUAGACACCAAGUCCGCCCAGCCUGGGACCCAGUUUGGCGGCUGGGGGAGGGGGCGCAGACCUUUGUCUCUCCAGAGACCCCGCCCGCUCCGCUGGCUGCGGUUGCCGGUGGUGGGGGUGUACCUGGUCCCGAGCCGGGCUGCGGGGUGCCCACGCUGCGACUCCUCCGCCAAACGGGCCGUGGUUCGCCGGGGGCCGAGGAAGGCGUCAGGGCGCCGGAACUGCCUCUCUGGGUGUCUGGGGCCCGGGUGUCAGGCUGCGCGCUCGGGCCGCUGCCUGAGGCUCUCCAGGGCCGCGGUCCGCUGCAGUCCCAGCUGCCGCUGCCAUCAACCGGAGUGGGCGGGGCCUUGGGCGGGGGCGGGGCCAGGGCCCAAACUGCCCCGCCCUCUUUAGCGGCGGGAAAGGGGAGCGCCUCCGACUUCCAGCCCAGGGUCUGUGGGCCUCGGAAAAACGUCGAAAUGAGAGGGUGCUGCAGAGCACACUUCCUGGCAGGUGGAGCCAGAGUGAUCAGCUGCAUGGACUGUACCAACCCAGAAGUUACUCAGCAGCAGCCUCUCCAACCUUAGCUUUUAUCAUGCUCCUCCUUCUUAUCAUGCGCUCCUCUACAGAAGACUUCUUGGAUUUCACUCCAGGUUCCUUUUUAAUCUAAUUUCAAAAAUUACCAUCUGGGGGAAAAAACUAUUUGCUUGGUAAAUUUACAAAGCCAACAUGCUUUUCUGUACUGAUAUGCUCUGGAAUACCAGAAGAAAUUGGUUCUAGAAGACUCCUUUUAAAGCAGAGUGGAAURUUCCUACUUCAGGAACUCCACAGGGUUACAGUGGAGAUGAAGGUCGAGGGCACUGUAAUGUCCUGGCUGCCCUUCAGCCCAUUUGAUGCCUCAGGUCUAGAAACCAUCACUGCAAAGGCCUGGGCCAGCACUUCCAAUUCCCAGCUUCAGUGCCACCCUCCCCAUCUGCUUCCUUCCCUCAAUCAAGCAAGCAUGACAGCAAAAUGAGAAGCAGGUGG